CACAACUCCUCCGUGGAUCGCUGAUCCUCGAUCCCCCCUCCUGAGCCCCCGCCCGAUUGCCCGUCCCCAGUCCCGAGUCUCCAUUCCGAGCUCCAAGCUGCCGGUUUCCCCAGAUUUUUCACAAUUUAAAAGUUGCAGGACCCGGCUCGUGCCAUGCGGUUACACCCGCUCCUCGCUUUGCUGAUUCCCCGCCGCAUGCCCGCAGUGCGUCUCUGGUGCAACAUGCUCGACCUCCCGCGCCGGCCGCAACGAUGAGCAACGGGGCGGAUGACGUCCAAUUCUACCAAGUCAACAUCGCCGUCUGGGUCUUGACGAGCGUCUCGGCCGUCUUCCUCUUCGUCCGCCUCUGGUGCCGCCUGCAUUUCUCCCGCCUAGGCUGGGACGACUAUGUGCUCACGACGUCAUGGAUCGUCCUGCUGGUCGCCGCUGCGCUCGUCAGCCAUCUCAUUGGGGUGGGCUAUGAGACAGAGGACCAGGAGCGCACAUUCUACCUCUUCCAGAACACGUCGACGUCCAUGACCACCAUCGCCACGAGCUGGACCAAGGUCGCCUUCGCCAUCACGCUGAUCCGCAUCGUGCGGAACCGCGCCAUGAACUACUUCCUCUGGGCCGUCAUCGUCACCGAAAACCUGAUCCUCGUCCCGGGCAUGCUGUCCAUCUGGAUUCCGGCCUGCGUCGAUCCGAGAAGAAAGUUCCGGCCCGAGCAUGCCGUUUGCUUCGACCUCAUCUCCCUCCAGUAUCUCGGCGGGACAACGAUUGUGUACGGCGGCGUCAUCGAUGUCAUGUUGGCGCUCUUCCCCUGGCUCAUCAUUCGAAAGCUGCUGUUGGAGACGCGGGAGAAAAUCGGCCUGAGCGUCGCCAUGAGCCUCGGCGCCCUGACAGGUGUCGUUGUGAUCCUCCGGGCUUUUUUCCAGUUCAUCCAGACGGACAACGACUACCAAUUCAUGGUGUUCAUGUCCAUCUUCAACUUCCUGGAGCCGGCUGUCACCAUCAUCGCCCAGACGAUCCCCAUCUUCCGCGUGCUCGUCGUCAACGUCAAGCGAACCGCCGGCUACAACACCGUCCGCAUCACGUCGGUGCCUGCGUCGCUCUCCCAGUUGGUGGUUGUCAAAAGCCCGGCUGCUGCGCCCGAACAGCGCCAUUCAAUACCCGCGCCCCCUCGAUGAGCGGGCUGAAGAUGGCCACGAGUGUAUCGACGCAGCUCAGCCCCUGAAUCUUUACCGCACGGACUGUGCCGGU